UGAGUAUCAAAAAUUGAAAAGCAACCAAUGACAAGCAAAACCGGCAAGCCUCAACCACUCUACCCUGUGUCAAAAAGUAUUGUGUGGUUGACUUAUAUUUUACUGUAUUCAAGUUUUUGUUAUUCUAUUCAAAGAGCUUAUUGCUAGAAAGUGAUAUAAAAAUGGCUCGUGAAAGUAGUGCUGGCUUUGACAGGCAUAUUACAAUUUUUUCCCCUGAAGGCAGACUUUAUCAAGUCGAGUAUGCACUAAAGGCGAUCAACCAGGGUGGACUGACGUCUGUAGCGCUGCGCGGUGCUACAGCUGCUGUGGUGGCGGCGCAGCGCAAGGUUCCCGACCGCCUGCUCGACCCCACCUCUGUAACACACCUGUUCCCCCUCACCGAACACAUCGGCUGCGUUAUGACCGGCAUGAUUGCGGACAGCAAGUCGCAGGUGGCGCGCGCGCGCUACGAGGCGGCCAACUGGCAGUACAAGUACGGCUGUGAGGUGCCCGCGCACGUGCUGUGCCGCCGCGUCGCAGACAUCUCGCAGGUGUACACGCAGAAUGCGGAGAUGCGGCCCCUCGGCUGCAGCAUGAUGCUGAUCGCGUACGACCCGGAGACGGGGCCGGCGGUGUACAAGACGGACCCCUCUGGCUACUACUGCUCCUACAAGGCUGUAGCAGCGGGCGCCAAGGCCACCGACGCCAACGCCUACCUCGAGAAGAAGCUGAAGAAGCGAGCGGCGCUGGGCACGGAGGAGGCGGUGCAGCUGGCGGUGGGGUGCCUGGCGCAGGUGCUCGCUGUCGACUUCAAAGCCGCCGACAUCGAGAUCGGCCUCGUCACCAAGGAAGACCCGCGCUUCCGAGUGCUGUCGGAGGCGGAGAUCGACAAACAUCUCACCGCCAUCGCAGAGAAGGACUGAACAUGCCUGGAAUCCUUUAUUGUCUACCAUCUAUAUUAAUAAUUUUUAAUAAAUAAUACAAACAACA